UUUCCCUGACACUCCGUGUCCUUCUUCAUCAGAGGAAGAAGAUGAGGUGGUCGCGAGUGUCAUGACUUUCUUACACUCGGAGCCCUCCACCUCAACCAAGGCAGCACAGGCAGCUCCUGCAAAGACCCUGGCGGUCAACCCCUGUCUGGAUGAAGAUGAGGUAGUCCCCAGCACCUCCAUGAUUGAGGGCUCCCUAACGACCACUCAGGCAGCAUGGGCAGCUUCUGCACAGAUCUUGGAAGAAGAGGUUGGGGGAGCUGAUGUCUGUGAGGUGAGUAUUGGCUCCCUGACCCCCACCGAGGCCAGGCAGGACCUCCUGGAGAAGAUUCCCUCUCUCCUGCCGGGUGAGAUCCUCAUCGAAGAGGACAUCCCCCUUCUCAGCACUCCCAGGGACACCGUUAUGAGCCCCCAGACCCUGAAGCUCAUCCUCCAGGGCAUCAUGCGCCGACUGGAGUCCUCAGAGUCCCCCCAGGCUAGGAGGGCCAACGACCCCUUCAGGCUGAUGAAGGAUCUCUUUCUGGAGGUCCAGCAUGCCCUUAAGUAUGCUGACAUCUCUGUCCUCUUCAGCCUGGAGGAGAGCAUCCAAUUCAGGGGGGAGGAUGCAAUGAAGGCUAUCGUUAAGGCUGCGGCUAAAAGGUUGUCCCUGCGCUCGGACUCUAACCGGGCUCAACUGCGCGCCGUACGCUAUGGUGGCGAGGGAGCCAUCUAUUGCAUGGCAGACACCAUCGCAAAUGUCAUAGACGACCACGCCCAGGACUGGAGUUCUGACGGCCAUUUUGGAGCAAGUAGGAGCCGUGGUAGUGGGAGGUCACGCUCCUCCUCAAGCUCCUCAAAGAGUGACAUCACCCUCACAGAGGAACUCUUGGCCCAGGGGGAAAGCCUGGAAGAGGACCAAGAGGAUGUGGCUGCGAUCGACGACAACAAGAAAUGUGACUCUGCUAGCUUGGAGAAGGCCAGCAGCAGCUCCCUCUCCAUAGACCUUGUGGACAGCACCUCCACACAGACAGGGAAGGACGAGGCAGUGAAGGAAGGAGUGAGGAAGUCAGGAGAUUGGAAGCGUGUUUGCAAGAAGACCCUGAAGAAGAACAAGAUGGCUCCCCUUGGCACUGAUGAUACUGUGGCUGAUGAGCCAGGAAAAAAACAGUGUCUCCUCCUGCGGAUUACAGCUGCCCUGGCAAACUUAUUUUGCUUCCCCUGCAAAAAGAAAAGUGGUAAAAAGUUCAAGCCAUGAUGAAUCCCCCCAUAGCCCAGCCCAGACCUAUUUAAUUAAAUAAACAUGUACUUGCAUCUAUUUUGAACCUCUUU